GGAUCAUGCGCAAUGAAGGCCUAGCAAACCAGGAUAAAUUGAACGAAUAUGCUUCUAAAUCCUGUCGAAAUACACCAUAUUUUAUCAGUUUAAAUGCAGUCAUAUAAUGGGAGAUGGUUUACCAACAUAUGCACUGCAUUUUGAUCCAACAAAAUACGAGAUACUUGUAGAUCAAAUCGAAAAUAUCGAAAGGGUGUUCAAAGUUCGUAUUGAAUUAUGCAAACAGUUUUCAGAGGAUCAAAGAUGGAUUUCAUUUUCGCUAAAAAUCACAGACACUGUGCGCUAUGGUCUAAUAGACAAGGCGAAAAUAUAUAUUUCAUCUUUGACGGGGGAGGAAGAAGACGAAGACACGAAAACAACAACGCGCAUGCCUAGGAAUUAUAAUACAUUUGAAAUAAAAACCAUAAAAGAAAAUUUAGAUGAAAUUAUAAGAGAAUCACAAGCCUCAAUUGAAUUUCUUGGUGCUCGUGUAUUAAUAAACGGCUCCCCUGAUUGCUGUAAUCGAGCCGUGAAAAAAAUUGAGGAAAUAUUAGCUCCAAUCAGUCCUGAAAAGACACAAGUUGGUAUGGCGAUACAAGAACACCAACAUAGGGGAGUUGACGAGGGAAAAGAUGACUCAAGUUAUGAGUCUGAAAAUUCUAGAACUUCAAGUCGGAAUAAUAGUGAUUCUGUACAUGAUGAUGUCAUAAGGACUUCUUCCGAUACUCUUCGAGCUGAAUACUCAGAUCCUGACAUUGACCCUUUGAGUAAGUCGGAUCAAGGUCAAGGUCAUACCAGGAGUUUACCGGAAGGAACUUAUAGAACGAGUAUACCACUAGGGUCACAUAAUCCUACUAGACUUUUAACCUCAACUUCAAGUUACGAUCAGCUAUUAGAAAAGUCAAUUAAGAUGGGAUACUCACAUCACUUAUUCAAUCAAGUGUGGCAGAAACUUGGCCCAAAUAGUCACUUUAAUGAUGUUUUAAAAGAGCUUAUAAAAACUGGACCAAUCGGUGCUGUACAAAGUGAACAGGAAGAAUCUACUAGUGUGUUACUUAGUGACACAGAAUACCCUACAUUAAAGGAAUCAAUGAACAUGCAGCCUUCUAAGGAGUUUGAUCACGGAUUGUUUUCUCGCGGAAUGUCUGUUUCAGUGCCGGGAGAGUUUGAAACAGUCUAUGAAAGCAUCUCACCGAAAGCAAGUUUAGAAGAUGUUUCCCAACUAAGACAUAUUGUAAUAGAUGGCAGCAAUGUAGCAAUGAGUCAUGGCAACAAGGAGAAGUUCUCCUGUAAGGGUAUUGAGAUUGCUGUGAACUGGUUCAAGGCAAGGGGUCACAGGGAUAUCACAGUGUUUGUUCCAAAGUGGCGUAAAGAAGUUGCCCGAACUGACAAUCCUAUUAUAAAUCAGGAAAUUCUGCAUAAACUAGAUCAGGAAAACAUCCUUGUUUACACACCAUCACGACGAAUUGGUGGCAAACGUGUUGUGUGUUAUGAUGAUCGAUAUAUCAUUAAACUGGCAUCAGAAUGUGAUGGCAUUGUUGUGUCAAAUGACAACUAUAGAGAUCUCCAAAACGAAGCCCCAGAAUACCGCAAAGUGAUUGAGGAGAGACUUUUGAUGUAUUCAUUUGUCAAUGUCAACGGAGAAUCUAGAUUUAUGCCACCUGAUGACCCAUUGGGUCGACAUGGCCCAUGUCUAGAUAACUUUCUCCGCAAGACCCCAACUAUACCAGAGCAAAGACCACCUAACUGUCCAUAUGGGAAGAAAUGUACGUAUGGGAACAAGUGCAAAUACUACCACCCUGAACGUGGGAACCAGCCACAUAGGUCAGUCACAGAGCGAAUUGCGUCAGAAGCAGCUACGAACAUUAAGUUGGCAAAGGAACAGAAAUCAAGACAAGCAGGUGAUGUGCCUGAGAUCCAGCUACCAGACUCGGAAAGUCCGUCCCUGAAGCAAACAAGCAGGUUCAAUAGACUUCAACCAGCUAAGAAAACUGCACUGAUGCGAACGACAUCUGUCAUAGAACAGCCAGUGACAUCAAAUCGCGACCUCGCAGACUCCAUGAAAACCAUGAGUUUGACUGAUUCAGAUAGGGAAAGGAUUAUUAAAGAGAAGGCAUACAAUGAAAAAUUGAAAAAUAUUUCAAAGCAAAUUGAUGAACAGGACAAAUUACCAGAUCAUUGGAGUAAAGUGUCUGAAAAUGCACCUGUCCCCAAGAAACCAUUGGCAUUAACUAGCGGACAUUUGACAUUAGCGAAAAAGUUAUCAGAUGAAGGUCAAAGCAAUGAAUCAUCGGGUAAGCAGUCGCCUUUGGGAUCUGGCCUGACCCCCAGGUCUUCAGGCUCACCCCAAGGUAAGCCCCAGGAUGGGCACGCUAAACUUGGACGUCAGUUGUCACUAACUGGAUCAGAGGACCCAAGACUGAAGAAACGACAACAUCACCCACAGUCCAGACCAAUGGCCCCUUCACCUGUGUAUGACGAGGAGCGCCAUCAUUCAUACCCCUUAGAUAUACACCAGGUUCGCCCCCCUACACAAGUGGUACGUCCAAUUGGGAGACAGCUUAGCACAGGGACUAGACCACCGGUAUUAGGACAUCAUUUGGGACCCUUUGUCACAAGAGAGAUGCUGCCAGAACAUGCUCAAUUGACACAAAUGUCAAGUGAUCCGCAUGCCUAUGGUAAAGCACAACCUCAUGCAAAACAAAUAAACCCCCGUAUGCUGAGACAGAAUAGCACGUCAGACCCACAGAUAGCUCAAAUGGAUGAUACUAAAGGCAUGAUCCCUCACUCCUCUUAUGGUCUACAUCAGGGAGUACAUUCACAGGCUAGAUCAUCUUGGCCUUACGCCAUGGACAAUAAGAACAUAUACAACCCUCAACCACCCUACACCCAAGGACAGGGAAAUAUUGUAUAUGGAGCAGGGGGGUACAACCAAUAUACAGGAGACUACCAACAGGCACAGAGCUAUAUGUCCCACCCAGGGAAUCAACCACAAGUUCAUCAGUUGACCCCUCAACCCCAGUAUGGGGGUGUGCACUAUCCAGGGGGAUUACUACCACAGGAGGGUCAUUACUCCCAUGUCCACAAUAUACCGUCUACCCAGCAGUCUCAUAUGUUCCAACACCAACAACAACAGGAACCACAUAUUUUGAUACAGAGUUCAGCCAAAGGACCUAUAGGUAUAGGUGGAGCUACCAGUUCAGGUAGUCAAAUGACCCAGAGUCAGAUGCCAACACUUUCGUAUGAUGAAUCUGAUGACAUCAAACCAACAGAUACUCGCUAUAACACUUACUUGCAUCUGUGUGGCAUUUUCCAAGAAAAGGAUGUUCGUAAGGUUAUGAACAAGUAUCCACACGAAUUAGACGCAAAAAAGAUAUGUUCGUAUCUAAUAAGUAUGAAUCCAUGAUUCUAUCCGUAGGCUAGACACCUAAAAUUAGUGUUUUGCACAUAAGUGAAGAAUUAAGUCAAAAUAUAAUAAUCAUUAUGGUGGGAGUAAAGAUUCUGGAGUCGAAAUCUUGAAAACUCAAUCAUCUAGAAAUGUUGAAUGCUUAUAUACAGGUAGUAUGUCAUUUUUUCAUGUUUGAUUUUUUUUAAGAUACAAGACCACUGACCCUCCUGAUGUUUUGACUUGAUCCAAAAGCACAGUUUUUGUCUAAUGGUGUUGUAACAUACACAAUUUGUAAAUUUCACACCUUUAUGUGUAUACUCUUUAUUGUAACUCUGUAAUUAAACUCUGUUUGAGCUUUUUGAGCCCUCUCUCAUGACCAGGCUAUUAUAUGAUAUAUAACUGAACUGAAGAGCCUACUCCAAUAUAACUUCACCUCAUUAGACUGUCAUUGUGUUAACAGAACUCCAAAUCAGUUGAAAUGAACAGCCCUAGUAAAAGCCAAUGCCUCAGUAAGUCAGUCACAUUUGAUCUAACGCAACUUUCCUGCAGCCGUAGCUUCCCAAAAUCUAGAGAAAUAAUGCAGCAUAGAAUAAAGGGAGAAGCAGUACGAUUUAGAUUUUCUAUAUCAAUUUUGUG